AUGAUUCACGGUCCAUGUGGUUCUUUUAAUAGAAAUUCUCUCUGUAUGGUGGAUAGUACAUGUAAGAAAAAAUAUCCAAAACAUUUUUUAAAGGAAACCCAAACAGGAGAAGAUGGAUAUCCUAAAUAUCGUCGGCGAUCCCCUGAAGAUGGUGGAGUAACAACAAUAAUAAAUGGAAUUAAUAUAGAUAAUCGAUGGGUGGUAACGUAUAACCCUGUCCUGUGUCGUACAUUCAAAGCUCAUAUAAAUGUUGAAGUUUGCAAAUCAGUGAAAUCAAUUAAAUAUAUUUGUAAGUAUAUGAAUAAGGGAUCUGAUCAAGCAUCAUUCACUGUUGGAGAUCUUGAUGAAGUGACAAAGUAUGAAGUAGGACGAUACAUUAGUACUUCUGAGGCAGUUUGGCGAAUUCUGAGUUUUCCUAUCCACGAGAGAUUCCCUCCAGUUAUGCAUCUUGCUGUACAUUUAGAAAAUGGUCAACGAGUGUUUUUGAAUGAAAAAAAUAUACUCAAUCAGAUCAACAAUUUCAAAACAACACUUAUGGCUUUUUUUGAACGCUGUAAAGUAGACAAUUUUGCGCAAAAAUUAUUAUAUUGUGAAGUUCCAGCUUAUUAUGUCUGGAGAAAACAUCAGUUUCACAGAAGUAAACAAGGAAAAAUUGUGCCAGGUUAUUUAGGUAUAAAAAAAGAUCAUGUUUUGGGCAGAGUGUAUACUGUCCAUCCUACCAAUACUGAAUGUUAUUACCUCCGUCAUCUUUUGCAUGAAGUUCGCGGUCCAGAGUCAUUUACGGCUUUAAGAACUAUAAAAGAUGUAAUCUAUCCUACAUUUCAAGAAGCUUGCAGAGUAAUGGGAUUGCUCGAAGACGAUGCUCAUUGGGAUAAAACUUUAGCAGAAGUCUCAAUUUCUGAUUCAUCUUACAAAAUACGUGAAUUGUUUGCUGUAAUGUUAGUUUUCUGCCAAGUUAGAGAUCCGAUUAAAUUAUGGGAUAAAUAUCGAGAUAAUUUCACGGACGACAUUUAA